AUGGAAUCCCUCCCGUUACCUGCCACCGGCCCCUCCGUCGGCCGCGGCCCCCGCGCACGCGCGGUGGGCGGGAGCGGCGUUGCGCGUGCGCCGCGGCAAGCGCGGGUGGUAACGUCCCGGCGGGCUGAGGCGGGGCCGGCGGCAGCGCUGAGGCGGGGAAGGCUGCGCCGGGAAGGCCUCAGUAACCCUGCCGGAGCCUAUUUGUCUACUGUCAAUUUCGAUACUUGCCUGACAAUGAAACCCUGCCACACACCUUCCAAUAAAAUGGGGAAGACAGCUGGUGGGAGAUCAGCAAAAAAUCCUUCUAAAUCACAAAAUCAACAAGGGCCUUCUAGCAAAAAAAGGGGAGCAGAUGAACAAGGAAGAAAACAAGGUCAAAAAAGACAGCAGGUCCCUCAGAAAGGCAAAAGGGGAGUUAAGGAACUGAAGGACUCUUCCCCUGCAGGAGAAAAUGGUUCUUCAAAAACAAUGAAGCUGUCCAGUGCUGCAAUAAGAUCUUGGCAGCCUCUCUCAGAGAACAGCAGGCUCUUCCUGGAAAAUAUAGUGGAUUCAGUAGUACUAUCUGUUUUGUCCCAACAGAGGGAGGGAAAAGAUGAUGUUCAGAAGCACCUCAAUGUACUGAAAAACAGGGUGCUGAAAAGUUUCAAGACUUUAAAUGUGCCUCCAGGGAAGCUGGGCAACCUGAAGAAUAUCCUGGGCCUUCAAAUGGCAGAGAAGCAAAUGCUUGAGACAAAUGAGGAGUCUUUGGUACAACUGCAGGAAGAAAUAAAUGAAGCAGAGAGAUCGGCAGAGCGCAUUGAGGAAAAUAUACAGCAGCUGAAGUACAAAAUCCAGGUGCUCAAAAACCAGUUAGAGAAAGAUGAAAAAGAGGCCAGGAAGGUAUUCCAGGAAAACGGCAGUGGAGCGCUCCAGCUUCCAGAACUCCCCAAGCGCAGUUUUCAGGCACCCACUUUGCAGGAGGAAAUUUUGAAAGUAAAGAAUCAGAAGGACCUUUUAAAGGAUAUGAAUGCUAUUCAGCAGUCAGCUGACUUGAAGAACUUGUUAACCCUUGCUGAAAAGGCCUAUGAGAAAGUGGAUUUGCUUUGAGAAAUCAAAAUAUGUGGAGUCUCCAUGCUGAGUUUGGAUGGAAUCUGCUUUCUCCCUAAUGGCCUUCCUCUUGUGACUGCUGCAUUUCUGUUAAAACAUUUUCUAUUAACAUUGGUAUAUAAAUUUGUAGAUACAUUUUGGAACUCAAGUGAUUUAAGUCAUCUCUCAAGAUUUUUUGGGAUUUUUUUGAUCUGUGAUGACUUCUAAUGAUGAUAUAUCCUGUCAUAGGAAAAGGGAGGGAAAUGGAUCCUGGGUUAUUUGGGUGUUUUUACAGAAUGAGGGAACUAUUCCAUUCUAUUUGCACUCCUUUAGCUGUAAAUCACUGAAGGCUGUGUCUUCUACCAAAGUAGUUUUUAUUUGGGAGUUACAGCCUGAAACAGGUAGUAAAAAUAAGCUUAUCUAAUACUCACUUAUAAAUCCCCUGUUCAACUUUCUUACUAUUUUUUAACAAAAAUCCUCAAUUGAAGAAAAUGGAAUAAUUUUAAUCAAAUUAAAAAUUUUUUUUUACAUUUUCAUUACUCAAUACGAAAACCAACAUCAAACAACAUGAAAUACCUUCUCUGGUAAAUUACCUGGUGAAAGAUAGCAGUGCUCUUUACACUGACUUGCUUCAUGAACUCUUGUUCUGCUGUUUACAAGCUGCUGCUACUCUUAAUGAGACAAAAGCUAAUUAUCUCUCUUCUGUGAGGGCUUGAAGGCCUCUCUGGAGUUAGAAUCAUGGAAUAUCUCAAGUUGGAAUGAACCUGUAAGGAUCUCUGAGUCCAGCUUUCUACUCCUCACAGGAUUACCUAAACCAUGUAAGAUCAGGAAAACCAGACUAAGUAUUUGCUUUAUACUGAACCAUAGGGAAAGGAAUAUAAUUAUUUAGAAGUAUUUCUCAAAUUUGUGAUCACUUGGCAAGGAGAGCAUUUACUGAUAUAACCAUUACCCCAAAAUAAUUGAAUCCAGAGCAUGGGUUAAAGAUUUUCUUGCAUGCUAGGAAAAGGUUAAGUAAAGAUAUACUCCUUUGCUUUCGUUAAGGGUGAUUUAUUAUGUGGGUUUUGAACUUCCUGAACCACAUAGAGACCUUUGCCUUUUUGAAAGCUUUUUAUUUUUAAAAGAAAGUGUGGAGAAGGGCAGUGAGUAGGAGUCAAAUUCAGCUUCCACACAAGGAAGUUGAAAUAAUAACUGAAGAAUGAGCUGCUGCAUUACAGUGCUGGAUAGAUACAGAGGCAAGCCAUAAUUAAUUUAAUUUUUUUCCCGAACACUGGGUGAUUUCUGAUAGGCUGGCUGUGGGUGUUGUUACUUUGGGGUUGUCAUGCACACAUAAACAGGGUAACAUGAACCAGGGAACAUAAAUCCAGACAUCUAGGAGAUGGUCUUAGCUCUACUUGACGGUGGAUGCUCUUGGACAGAGCUGCAGAAUGAUCAGAUGGUUGGUUUUGAUGAGAUUUGAGGCCUCUUCCAGAAGGUUCACUGUUGAUCUGUAUGUGUGGAGCUGUGGCCACAGCUGUGGGAUUUGACCUGGGAGCUCCUGAAACUUCAAUUUCACAAACCUUGGCUUUAAGUAGGUAAGACAUUUUCUUGUGUGUGUAUGCUUUAUGUACUGAGUUUAUCCAGUUAAGGAAUACUCAGGGAAAAUCUUAAAGAACUUCUGGAUUCAGGUCAGCUUGGUUGAAGGUUUUUCCUCAGAGGUGAUCUACAAGUACAGAACUGUGAUUUCUUUGCACAUGGAACUGGAGUGGGGAGAAGAGCCAAGGGAAGAAGCUGCACUGGGGCACUGGGGGACAUCAGGAAAUCCAGUCCAGCUUCAAACCCAGCUGCCUGCCAAGGUCAAACAUCCCUUCUGUUCUGACAGCCUCAAACUCUGAACAUCCUGCAUUUAUCUCCUUGUACAACCUAAGCACAGCUUCAUAGCCCAUAUGUCUUUGGGAAAGACCUGGACUUGGGAGCAUUUUUUGAGAUAUGCUUUCAACAAACAGUGAACAUGGCAGCAAGAAUAGGAAAGCUGAAGACCUGUAUUAUUUAACCAAGAUUAGGUGAUCUAAGAGAUUAAUCCAUGAGCCAUCAGUUACUUCACACUUCUGGUCCAUUUCUGCCCUCUCCCAAAAAAUAAAAGAACACCACUUUGGUUUAGAAGUACUGGAAACUUAAUUGAAAUAUGGAUUAUUAUUUUGGUAAAAGAAUUAAGAAGACAGAUGCCAUGGAAAAGUGAUUUAAACAUU